CUUAUUAAAUAGCUUGUAAAUGGAUGGUGGAAAGAAAAUUUGGGCACCACAUCCAACUGAUGGGUUCAUUCUUGGAACGAUCGCAGAUAUCAGUGAAACCGAAAUUACCGUUGAGCCAUUAAGCAGAGACAAGGUCAUUAAAACCAGUUACAGCAAUGUUUUCCCUGCAGAAGAUGACUCCGAAAGACGGUUGGAUGACAACAGUGCUUUGAUGUAUCUCAAUGAGGCUACCCUCCUGAACAACACCAAAAAUCAUUACAAACACGAUCAGAUAUACACCUAUGUGGCGAAUAUUCUGAUUGCUGUUAAUCCGUACCACGACAUAAAGAAUCUCUACAGCUCGGAAACAAUCAAGAAAUACAAGGGCAAAUCACUGGGAACUAUGCCACCACACGUGUUUGCAAUUGGUGACCUUGCCCUUCGUGAGAUGAAGAAAACACGAAGUUCCCAGUCUAUCAUUGUAUCUGGGGAGUCGGGUGCAGGAAAAACAGAAACGACUAAGUAUAUGCUGAGGUACUUAACAGAGAGUGCGCAUACAGGAAUAGCAUCUCCUAACAUGACUAGCAUUGAGCAGCGAAUUGUAGAAGCAAAUCCACUCCUGGAGAGUUUCGGAAAUGCCAAGACCACUCGUAACAACAACUCCUCCCGGUUCGGAAAGUUCGUCGAAGUGCACUACAACGAAAGGUUCCAAGUGGUGGGUGGCCAUGUGUCUCACUAUCUGCUGGAGAAGAGUAGAAUUACUGCCACCCAAAGUGCGAACGAGAGGAGCUACCACGUGUUUUACAGACUCUGUGCUGGGGCUCCUGAUGAUCUCCGGAAGAAGCUCUCUUUGUCUGCGCCUGACCAGUUCCGCUAUUUGAAGCAUGGCUGUACCAGCUAUUUCAUAAACAGCAGCUCCACAUUGUCUUCCCUGGACAAAAACGCCAAAAGCCAACAGUUCUUGAAGCAGGGAUCUCUAAAGGAUCCCCUGAUGGACGACGUGAAUGACUUCAACCGGAUGCAGACUGCAAUGAAGCAGGUGGGAUUGAGUGAGCAGGAGAUAGGAGACAUCUUCCGAGUGGUGGCAGGGGUGCUCCAUCUGGGAAAUAUAGAGUUUGACCAGUCCAGCGGAUCCGAAGACGGUAGUAAAAUAAGUGCCAAUUCGAGUACGGCUGUGAAAAACACCUGUACUCUGUUGGGGUUCGAAUCCUCCGAGCUGUCUAGGUGUCUCACCUCGAAGAUGAUGCAGAGCGGCAAGGCCAAGGGAACUGUAUACAUGGUACCACUGAAAGUGAAGGCAGCAGUCAAUGGUCGAGACGCACUGGCGAAAGCAAUCUACUCUCGGCUAUUUGACUUCAUCGUGAGCCGAGUCAACGAGUGCUUUCCCUUUUCGAAGUCGGAACACUUUAUAGGCGUCCUGGACAUAGCUGGAUUCGAAUAUUUCCAGGAAAAUAGCUUCGAGCAGUUUUGCAUUAACUACUGUAACGAGAAACUUCAACAAUUUUUCAACCUGAGAACUCUCAAACAGGAACAAGAGCUGUACCAACGCGAGGGUCUAGGAGUGAAUGCGAUCGAAUUCACAGAUAACCAGGACUGUAUAGAUUUAGUAGAGGUUAAAUCUCUGGGAAUUAUUGACAUAAUGAAUGAGGAAAUGAAACUGCCGAAGCCUAAUUCUGAACAUUUUACGACUCAAGUUCACUCGAAGCAUAAAGAUAACUUCAGACUGCAAACGCCGAGAAAGUCAAGACUAGCUCUGUACAAGACGUGGAAGGACGAGGAGGGUUUCUUGAUUAGACACUUUGCUGGUGCCGUGUGUUAUACUACGGACCAGUUUCUGGAGAAGAACAACGACGCUCUUCACGCUAGUCUAGAGGCGGUGGUGUGUGAGAGCAACAAUGACUUUGUACAGAAACUGUUCGAGGAAGAAGUGAAAGGAGGAUCUAGCUCAGGCGGAAAACUCAACUUCAUCUCCGUCUCCAGCAAGUUUAGAUCUCAGUUGGAAGUGCUGAUGAAGAAAUUGGAGCCUACUGGAGCCCACUUUGUGAGAUGCAUCAAGCCCAACUCCAAGAUGAUUCAGGGAUCCUUCGAAGGAGCAUCUGUACUCUCUCAGCUACAGUGCUCAGGAGUGGUGUCGGCUCUCAAAGUUAUGGAGAGUGGUUACCCUUGUCGAGUUCCUUUCGUUGAGCUCUACGCCCUCUACAAGAACAAUCUCCCGCCCAAGAUUGCCAGACUGGACCCCAGACUGUUCUGCAAGGCACUCUUCAAGGCAGUCGGCAUGAACAACAAUGACUUCCGCUUUGGAUCCAGCAAGAUAUUCUUCAGGCCAGGAAAGUUUGCGGAGUUUGACUCUGUGAUGCGCACUGAUGACAAGGAACACUUGCUGAGUCUGAUUGAGAAAGUGGCCAAGUGGCUCAUCUGUGCCAGGUGGAAGAAGGCCAUCUAUGGCGCAUGGGAAGUCAUCAAGUUGCGAAACAAGAUUCAAUACCGCUUGGCAGCUAGACUCAAAAUCCAGAAGACAGUGCGCAUGUUCCUAGCCAUUCGCAAGUUCAGACCCAUGUACAGAGGCCUAGCCAAGGUGGCAACGAUCAAAACGUCCAUAGAAAACUGCAGGGCCAUAGUUGGAUCCAUGAAGGGGUCUGCCAAUAAGGAUGCUUUUAAUAAGGAGAUUGAUGCGUUGUAUAGUCAGAUGAAUGAUCUACAAGGGAAGAUAAAAAGUGGAAAGAUGAGCAAGUUUGAACAGAUAGAUGCUGCAUACAGAACACUAGUCAAUGCAGUUGAGAAGACGGCUAGUGGUCUGCAGCUGAAGCGUAAGGAGAUGGAGGAGGCGGAGAAGGAGAGACUGAGACAGGUGGCACUGCAGAUGGAGGAGCAGAAGAGGAGGAGGGAGCGGGAGGAGCAGGAGAGGGCCAGACAGGAACAGGAGAAGAAGGAGCGUGCUGAGAUGGAAGCGAAACGGAAAGCGGAGGAGGAAGCGGAAAAGAAGAAGGAAGAAGAAGAGGAGAGACUGCGCAAACAGCACGAGCAGCAGCUCAAAAUACAGGAGCAGAAGGAGAAAGAGGAGGAACAGAAACGAUCCACGCUGCUAGAGCAGGAGAGGAGGGACCGGGAGCUGGCGGUGAGGCUGGCGCAGGAGAUGCAGCAGGAACAGGGGGGUGGUGCAACUCUACAGGAGAAGCAGCUGGCUGUUGUGGUGGAGGAUAGUCCAUCUACUACGCCAGUGAGACCACCGCUGCAGAGUCAACUAGAAGCAAUGCGAGGAACAGGCGAAAUGAGUAGGCGAUUUGAAUCGGCCUUCAAAAAGUAUGACUUGAGCAGCUACACGUACGCGGAGCUUCGAGAUACUAUCAACACCUCAUGUGACAUAGAACUGCUUGAGUCGUGCAGGGAAGAGUUUCACCGGAGGUUAAAAGUGUAUCACAACUGGAAAGCAAAUCAGGCUCGUAAAACGCAGUCUGCUGCUGCUUCGAACACACCUGCUCAGAAUGGAUCCCAAACGUCUGAUCAAGACGAACAACGAGCUCCCAAAGAUGUGGUAGACCAUGUAAAGCAACAGCAAAGUUCGAGUGCUUUGGUAAAUGCAGCACCUGGCAAGAAAGAUCAAAGUCCAAAUGGCAAAACUGCAAAGGUUCAGAGGUUUUUUAGAGUGCCAUUCAUCAGACCCUGCGAUGUCGGCAAGGAUCCCCAGUUUCGACAAAAGGGAUGGUGGUUUGCACACUUUGAUGGUGACUGGGUUGCCAGGCAGUUGGAACUUCACCCGAACAAACCUCCGAUUCUUCUGGUGGCGGGUAAAGACGAUAUGCGAAUGUGCGAGUUGCAAUUAGCCGAGACAGGGUUGACUACUAAGAAAGGAGCUGAAGUUCUGAGUAAGGAUUUCGAGGAUGUCUGGGCAUAUUACGGAGGACCCGGUUAUGUCAAAGAGGCUAUCAAACAAGGUCAAGUUAGGGCAGAUUUCUUCAAAUAGUGGUAUAAAUUGACAGAUGGAAACAGUUGUAGGUUCAAGUUACUGUAUUGGUUACAACAAACAAAACUUACUGCACAUUUAUUUAUAAAUUAGGGCUUAAUGAACUAGUCUAUAUUGUCAUUGACAAUUGGCAAAUUACAUGAAGCGAUCCGAAUAGUGCUUCAUCAUUUCGAUUGGCGAAAUUGCAAAUUGCGCAAAACAUUGAAAUCUUAUUUCUCGCUGCAUUACAGGUGUUUUUUUCUUCUAUAUUUUCUGAAACUGCAGUGCCAAACAAAAUUAUUAUGCUUAACUUUUGUUCAAGUGCUUUUCCGUUCAGUUUUACAAAUUUGUGUAUUCCAAAUUAUGCGAAGUUACUCAAAUCAGCGGCGGAUCAAGACCUUUUUUUAGGUUGACUAAAUUGAUUUUCCGAGCUCUCCCAAAGCUAUAAAAACACCCGUUUCGGCCAAAUUUUCUGCAUCUCAGGCAAAAUUAUGGGGAAGAAAACAGGCCAAAAAAGGCGUUUUUAGGCGCUUUUUGGUAAGUUAUGACAAAAAAAAUUGCUUAUCCCCCUCAAAUGCGCGCGCUCCCCCU